AUGGCAAUUCAGGUUCUUGCCAUUGCGAAUACCUAUGUUCACAGCGUCAUUACGCCAGAACAGUGGCUGAGCAUCCUUCCUGAAUUGCGUUUAUAUCAAUCAAAAAGGAGGGAAUGCUCGAUCUAUUCUCAACUACUUCCAGCGCCUGCUUACAAGCAAUUAUUGAAUUCCGUAUGGAGGGCCACUGAACAAGGCGUUGGGGACAACGAUUUGAAGCGUCUUGUCGACAACUAUAUCGAUCGCGGCAUAAAAUCUGGGCUGAUCAAGACGGAUCAAAAAUACACCAAAGUUCGUAUGCCCACUGUAACAACGCCAAGAACGCGAACGUUUUCAAGUCGACUGGUCAACGAGAACGAAUCCCCACCAGCACCAGCAUGGCGGCGAGGAUACCCGUCAUACCGUAGACUUCCCUCCGGAAAUGUCGAUGUGUGGGUGCCUUGA